AUGUUUGGUUGGUGUGUUGGGUUGGUGUUGGUGGGAUCGGGGGUGUAUGGGUUUUUAGUUGUGCUGUGUUGGGUGCUUGGGGUAGUGUGGUUUGGUGGCCGUGAGUUGGAGGGUGUGGGUUGUUGGUGUGUUUGGGGUGUGAGGGGUGGGCUGGUGGUUUUGUUGGUUAGGGUGGGUGGUGUUGUGUCGGUGCUGGAGUUGGGUGGGAUGCGGGUGUGGGUUUUUGGGUCGACUGAUGGGGCUGUGUAUGUGAGUGUGAGUGUUUGUGUGGUAGUGCGGUGGCGGUGGUGGGAUUGUUCGGAUGUGGGAGUGGGGGUUGGUAUUGUGAUUGUUAUUGUGAGUUGUGUUGUGUAUGUGGGUGGUGGUUUUUGGUCUUGUGGUUGGGUUCGUCGUGUCUUUGCGGGUGGUGGCGUUGGUUGGUGGUUUUGUCGUGUGUGUCUGGGUUUUGGUGAGGGUUGUGUGUUGUUGAUUGUGGAUAAUGGUGGUAUGGUCGGGUGGUUGUGGGGCUUGGUUAGGUGGUUCGCCGUUUGUUGUAGUUGUGUGUGUUGGUGGUCUUGCUUUGAGAUCUUGUUGGUUGGUCUUGGUUGGUAUGUGUGUGGGUGGUGUGGUUGUGGUUCGUUAGUGGUCUGUCGUUGGUGUGGUGGUGGUGAUGCCGGUGGGGUUUUGUGUUUUGGUUUUGGCAUGGUUACUGGAAUUCGGGUGUGGUUGGUAGUCGGCUGGGGUGUGUUUGGAGUUGUGUGGGGUUGGGUAGUUUGGUUGUUAGAGGGGGGUUGGUGUGGUGUGGUAUGUGUGGUUGUGUUAGUGGGGGGUUGGGGUUUGCUUAGUUUUGUGUUUUGUGUGGUUUGGUUGUGGGGUUGUUUUGGUUGUUGUGUUGGUGUUUAUGUGGAGGGAGGGGGUGUGUGUUGGUUGGUGGGGGGUUUGUGUUGCGUGUGGGGUUGUGUUGGUGGGUGGGUGUUGUGGGGUGGGUGUGUGGUGUGGUGUGAUGUGGUGAGUUUGGUUGUGGGGGUUAGAUUUGUAGGGUGGGGUUUUGUUUGGGUGUGUGGGGUGUGUUGGUUAGAUAUUUUUGGUUUGGGUUGGUUGGUUGGUGGGUGUUGGUUUGUUGUGGUUGUGUGGAUGGUGAGGUGUGGGGGUGGAUGGGGGUGUAGUUGGGGUUUCGGUUGGUUUGGGGUGUUUAUAUUGGUGUUUGGUUUGUGUGGGAUUGUUGGGGGUGUGUGGUGUGGGUAUUGGUGUGUGUUUGUGUUGGUGUGUGGUGUGUUUUGGUUGGUUGUAGGUGUGUCGUGGAUGGGAGUAUCGGUGGGGGUGGGUGUGUGGGUGUGGUUUUGUUGUAAUGGUUUUGGUGGUACGGGUUUGAUGUGUGUGUGUGUGGGUGCCUUCGGAGGUUGUGGUUUGUUCUAUUUGGUCGUGUGUGUGUGGGUGUUUGUGGGUGAUGUGGUUUGGUUGGUGGUGGUGUGGUUCGUUUGGGUGUUGGGUGUGGGUGUGUUGUUGGGUUCAGUAGUGGUGUGUUUUGUGAGGGUGGGUUGGUGGUGUUUGUGGGAAAGUGGGUUUUUUGUGUGGGUGUGUGAUUCCUCCUCCCCCCCUCCUCUUGGAUUUUGUGUGUGGUGUGAGGUUUUGUUGGUGGGUGGGUGUUGUGUGUUUUUUGUGUGUUUGGGGUCUGAUGUUGGUGUUCUCGUAGGUUGUUUUGGUCCUUUGUGUUUGAGGGUGGUCAUGCUAGUCCUGUUCGUGUUGGUUGUGGUUAGUGUGUUUUGUGGGGGGGUUAUGGAUUUAGGAGUGGUGGCGGGGUGGGGAUGUCUGGUGAUUGGUGUGGUUGUUUGGUGGGGUUUAUGGUUUGUGGGGGCUUGGAUGUGGUGGUUUAUUAUUUUUAUGGUGGUCGGUUGGGUGUUGGUAUUGUGUGGUUGGGUGGUGGUCCGGUUUUGGUUGUCUUGGUUGGGCUGGGUGUUUGUUGAGUUCAUGGAUGAGGUGGUGUUUUGUGUUGUGAUUGGUGGGUGUGUGGGUGGUUUUUGGUUCACUUGGUGUUGGGUGUGUUGGUGGAUUGGCUUGGGGUGCUUAUUUGGAGGUUGUUGGGGUCUUGUUUGGGGUUGGGGGUGGGGUUUUGUUUUUUUGUUGGUGGGUGGUGUGGUUUCUUGGCUGUGGCGUGUGGUGUGGGAGUUGGAUGGUGCUGUGUGGGUGUGUGUUGGUUUUGAUGUUGUUUUUGAGUUGUAUGUUAGGUUUGGUUUGUGA